GGCCGGCGCCUUCAGUCUCCUCCUCCGCCGCCUCCCGAUUCCGCAGUCACUUCCUGCAGCUGUUUCCCUGUGGGUCCGGUUGGACUGACUUUUGACAGUCAGCCUUCAGCUGUGGAGGGGGCUCUGCCGGGCCGGCCGAGAAAGUUGCGCGGAGGGAGGCGAAGUAGAAUCGGGCCGAGCCGGGCGCGGAGGGCGGACGGCGGCGGACGUCCGGGGCAGGCGCGGCACCUAGACUCCCGGCGCGUCCGGGGGUUCCGAUUGAAGACCCGACUUCUCCUCAUCCUUUGGAUGAUGCCCAAGGCUUUCCUACCCAAUGAUCCUCUUGCAACACGCCGGGCUUCCUCCGCCUAAGCGGCCCUCAUCCUCUCCUCCUAUGUCAGUGGCCGCCAGGUCUACAGGGGCCUUGCAGCUUCCACCGCAGAAGCCUUUUGGGCAGGAGGCUUCCUUGCCUUUGGCUGGGGAAGAAGAGCCACCUCCGGCAGGGGAACAAGACUCUGCCCUGGAGGAGCUGUGUAAACCACUGUACUGCAAGCUUUGCAAUGUCACCUUGAACUCAGCGCAACAGGCCCAGGCUCAUUAUCAGGGUAAAAAUCAUGGUAAGAAACUCCGAAAUUACUAUGCAGCAAAUAGCUGUCCUCCUCCUGCCAGAAUGAGCAAUGCAGUGGAACCUGUGGCUGCUCCAGCUGUUUCAGCCCCUCCGCAGAUGGGGUCCUUUAAGCCAGGAGGCAGAGUGAUCCUAGCCACAGAAAAUGAUUACUGUAAGCUCUGCGAUGCCUCCUUCAGCUCUCCGGCUGUGGCCCAGGCUCACUAUCAAGGGAAGAAUCAUGCCAAGAGACUGCGGCUGGCGGAAGCUCAGAGUAACUCAUUCUCAGACUCCUCAGAGGUCGGUCAACGGCGGACCCGGAAAGAAGGGAAUGAAUAUAAGAUGAUGUCUAAUAGGAGAAAUAUGUAUGCAGUACAGAAUAAUUCAGCAGGUCCUUACUUCAAUCCCCGCUCUCGGCAGAGAAUUCCACGUGAUCUGGCCAUGUGCGUUACUCCAAGUGGCCAGUUUUACUGCUCCAUGUGCAAUGUCGGGGCUGGCGAAGAGGUGGAAUUCCGGCAGCAUUUAGAGAGCAAGCAACAUAAAAGCAAGGUGUCUGAACAGCGGUACAGGAAUGAGAUGGAGAAUCUGGGCUACGUAUAGUGAUUGUCAUAUUCAGAUAGAGCAGCUUGUCCUGCCUGUUGCUCGCCUUCUGUCAACAUGCCCUGCUUUGUGGUUCUUUCGAUAUGAGUACAUUCCUCUGCUUGAUGUUAAUACACAUAACCUGCAGUGGUACCAUAAGGUGUCAGAAUUGGGGAAGGAAAAGAACGUGCUUAAGUCAUGAUGCUUUUUCAGGUCAGUUGUGUUGAAGUGCUUAAAGCCUGUGACCGACCUACCCCAUGAGACAGACCUUUUUAUCUUGACCAAGUUCUGGUCAACUAGUAGCCUGACCACUUAGAGCUUUAACUAUUUAAAAACUUCAUAUUCUUUUACAGUGUUAGUGUUAUGUAUUGUUAAAUAAUUUUAUCGAGUUUUUGCUUCAGAUCACAGUAAAAGCAGGUAAGCAAAGAUUUUAGUUUCCCAAGGUUUCUUUGGAUUUACCAUCUCAACUCAAUGAACUGUCAGUAGGAUAUCCUAUGUAAACUGCAUUAGAAUCUUGCCCAGAGUAGUGUUUUCUGUUUAUCAUGUCCCUUCCUUAUUGAAAUGCAGGUUUUCUUGGAUUCAGACACUUCUAAUGUGUUUGUGUACUUCCAGAUAGUGAAACUUGAUUUUCAGUUGUGAAUUUCACACUUUUAAAUUCACCUUUUCUCCCUUUUUUUUUCUCCUUCAGUUGAUUUAGCUUAUCCAAUUAGCUCAUUUUCACGCCCCAGAAUGGCGUUGUAGGUUUUCCAAGCCCCAUAUUUGAAUAUCCAAUGAGUUUAGGAUAUGAUUGUUUAAAAAUAUAUUUUUCUCAGCUGGUGUUGGGAAAUGAAAUGUGUUUGAUUUUUCAACUUAGAGUUACUUCAUGAUAAUAACAUGCACUUAUGUGAUGGUCUCAACCGUAAGUUCAGAACCCUUGAUAUUUGUUUUGAUAGACUUUUUACAUAAAUGGAUCUUUACAUUUUACUUACGUUCUUUUUUGUCUUGCUAAUUUGUAGACUGUCCUGAAGAAUAUCACUACUUUACUAUUUCCAAGAAAGAAAAUUUUUUUUAAAACAGUUAAUCAAUUUUAGUAUCAUUUCCAAUAGAAAAAUACCUGAACUUUGGCAUUAUUCUUUACAAUUCAGCUUCCUUGAAGAUAUAGAUUAAUAAAAAUAUAGAUUACUUUCAUAUCUGAUAAUUAGAACAGUAUUAUUAUUUUUGCUUUUUGUUUUUAAAAUGAGAAGCUCUAGUGUUUUGUCUAGAUUAACCAAUGGAGGAUUCUAUGAACUUUCACUCACUGUAUUUUACUUAUUUACUAUAUUUACAUGGAUAAGAUGGGUGCUCAUCCAUACUGCUUUUGAAAGGCCAUGUUCAUAGAAGUUUAUAUUGAGCAAUAUCUUUGCACUAUGAUAAAUUCACUUUUUGAUUGCUUAUAUUACUAAUUAAAAAUAAAACUCCUAUUUUUCCUUAAAAAUUCGGUAGGCAAAGAGAUAAGGAGAAGGAAAAUAAUCAUCAUUCUAUUCCUUUAGUACUUCUGAACAAUUUUUGAAUUAUCUAGACCCAUAUUUAAAAUUAAGUUUUGUGAUACUGGUACACUCUCUGGUACACUAUCAAGUUACCCUUCUGUUGAAGUCAUGGUUUUUUGAAAAGGAGAAUUAUUUAGUAAUUUUAUUUUCUCCCAGAAACAGAAGAAUGAAAUAAUCUUCUGUUGAAGUGCUGUCUGGACCUGUGAAUCAGUAUAGUAACACUUUUUUGCAGUAAGCUAUAAAGUAUAAUUGAUUAUUUUAGGGCAGUUUAGAGCUUCUCUUAUUGGUUAGUAGGUUACUCAUUUUGCUGCUAAGUGUAAUUUUUUGGUAGAUUUUAAUAUGAAAGUGCUGGCCACAUGGUUCUACGAUUAUUUAAAAAUUCAUUUCCCUCUCUGUGUGUGACUACAUGUAUGUAUACACAUGUAUAUGUAUGUGUGUAUAUAUAUGUAGUUAUAUACAUACACACACAUAUAUAAACCUAUGUAUGUAUAGUUUUAUGUGAUACCAUAGAGAAGAUUUCAUUGAAUCCUUAGAUAACAGUAAAAGAUUGUGGAUAAGAAUUUACAUUUUAUACAAGUGGCAUUCAUCCACUUUCAGUUUUUUCUUUGCAGAUAAAACUAAUGAAAGGAUCUUCUCUACUCUUCCCACUUAAAAAUUUCAUUUUAUAUAUGUAAUAGCAGUGGACUUAAGGCCUUGGUGUUUUUCCUGGCCUUGCAUAUUCAGGUUUCUAGUCUCUCAGUGCCCUUAAUGGAUGUUAUGAAUGCAUAAAUGCAUUUUCUUUUAAAGAAAAAAGUUAGAUUUAUAGUGUUGUUUCUUACUUGUUCUAUUUCUUUGCACUAAAAAAGACUGAUGUUUGCUUUAUAUGACACCUUAGAAACCAUAUUGCCUACAAUAGCUGGGUUUGCUCCUUACUUUCCAAACUCUAGGCAGUUGAUAAAUAACUUCCAUGAUUAUAAAGGUUACAUACACGUCCAAAAAAAGAAUCGCAUAUCUCUAUGACAGUGGGUUGUUUUGGGCUUGUUACCUUGCAAUAUUCUCCUGUGUUCCAUAGGCUAAACAAAUGGUGACAGAGGAAAUGCCUAGGUAAAUACACCUCUGCAUGGUACAGUUUCUCAUGCUCAUGCAUUCCUUACGGACAGUGUUGGGUUUUUUUUCCUGUCAAAGAAAGCUGUUGUUAGUACUGCACUCAGUGAUAUGUGAUCUCUGUCAGUUUCAUUUAGUAAAAUCAGGUCCUGCUCUGUAAUAUCCUUUAGAAUUUGCACCCUGUGCUCCCCAGGAAUCACAUUAAUAUCUUUUUAUGUACUGUAUACAAGGAUGGACAGAGGCCUAACCAGUGGGAAACCUCUAGUCAAAUAUGUAGAUCCUAGUUCUAGAUCUGCAAGAACUCAAGAGCAUCCAAGCCUCUUCUCUGUGAAUAUCUCCAUGUAAGUUGCCAUUCAGAAAUCAAUGUUGAAGAUAAGAAUUAGAAACUCUUCCAAAAUAUUGAGGGCAAGAAGAUGUAAAGGAAAAAUUUUGGUGUUCCAAUUAAAAGAUUAGAUUGCUUAUGUCUUCGAAGUGUUUUUUCAAGAAUAUUCAGCUACAGAGCUGAUUGUGCCAUGUGAUCCUUUCAACUCCACAUUGAAGAGAAAACGUUUUGUUGGUUUUGUCUUUGUAUGUCAUGUAUCACAACUUGUAAAUAUGUGCAUGUUGUUUAUGACGUGUGUCUAUUUGUCUCUUAUUGCACUGAAAUCUGCAAGGUGAAUAAUUGCCCUAUACCAUUUGCAAAAACUUCCUCCAAUUCUUCCUCACUGUUGCCCCUUUUCUUGAGUUGAUAAACUUAGAAAACCAUUUAGAAUUUUUUGAAACCCUGAGAUUGAAUGAAAAAUCAUGGCUGUCUGAGAUCAUCUCCAUGUUCCUCUAACUUUAACAGCUGAAAGGAAAGCAUGAGAUCAUCCACCUUAUUUUAUAGAGCUGUUCUACAAUACUGAUGUACUUGCUUGUAUCUAUACUUUGAACUAGGAUUAAAGAUAUAUAUAUAUACACAUGUAUGUGUAUAUACAUAUAUAUUAUACAUCUGAUUAAGUCUUCCUCUGUAGAUAGACUUGAAGGAUUAAUGGUGGUAUUAAUGAUUCCCUCACUCCUGAAUCAGUGGGGACUAUGAACAACAACAGUUGGAGGACUGUUCAGUGACCCAUUAAAACGAGUCCCCCUUGAGUCAGGGCAGACAUGUAACUGUUCUGCAUAAUGUCUCUACAGAGAGGCCUAGGAGUGAUGGAUUUGAAACCUAAUCUGUUUUGUUUCCUCACUGUCAGAACACAGGCUGGAAGGACCUUCCAAAACAGUUGGUGUGGCAUAUACGAAAGACAGCAGAGUUGCUUUAGAAGUAGAGAAAUGGUUUGUCAGUAUAGGUAAAAGUUUAAUGCAGGCUUUUGAACAGAUACUCUAAAAAGAUUCCAUCUUGCUGGCUUUUCUUUUUUCAACCAGCCAAAUCACCAUUUAGAAGUUUCAUGCAUCAUAUAGAAUGUCUUGUUGCUUUAAUGUUUUUGGUGGUGGACCCCUGUCAUUGUGAGCUAUUACUAUCAUUCUUACUGAAUGGACAAAUAGCUGUGUAAAUAGCUUCUCAUACGACACUUCUACUGAUAGCUGUUUGACUUUGUCUUCCCGCUACGAAUGGGAGGAUCAUUUAUCAACUCCCUUUCUGGGUAGCUACCAAAAAAAUACUGGCUUAUGGUCCCAUGUGACCCUGUCUUUGUUAAGCCCAGAUUAUGAGUGCCUUUAGCAAGUUUUAGCAUUUCACAGAAAGAAGAGAUGAUAGAAUUAUUGCCAUUAGUCACAAUGCAUAAAAUAGGAAAUUGGAGUAACAAAGCUUUGUGUGAAUUCUGUGUUCUGCAUCUUUUUUUUUUUUAUUUGUGCAAUCUCAAUUUGAUAUUGAGUAAAACUGUAUGAUAACUGAUCAGGAACCAUAUAUCCUGAAAAUGAAUCCAGUUGUCCAAGGCUGGCAACGGUCAUUGAUUUUUUUUUUUUCCACUUUGAUCUGCAUUGCAUUUAUAUUUAGUGAUUGAUAGUGUGAUGGAUUGGGAAGAGCUUGAAAUUGAUGUUUGGAAAAACUUUAUUCCAGUAUCAUUUUCAAAUACUGUCUUAUCUAGUACUGUAGAGAGGACAGAUUAUGUAUUUGCACAUGAAGUGUGUGAAGACUGUCAUGCAUAAUACUUAUUCAUUGUGCUGUUAUAAUUCAUCUCUACAUUUAAAAUAGGUACCUUGACAAAUCAGGUUCAAGAUGUUUUAAAGUAAAAUUUUUCUUACUUCAAUGAAUUUAAAAUUCUAAAUUGCCUGUACUCUUUGAGUCUCUAAAACGCACUGCUAAUUAAUUUUGCUGCAGAAAUACUAACAUUUUUCUUGACAGUUUAUUAUGAGAAAUUUUAAAAGUACCUUAAAGUUAACAAAUUUUACAGUAUAUUAGCACUAGAUUCUACUGUUAACAUUUUCCAGUACUUAUAUUACCAUAUAUUUGUCUGUCCCUCUGUUUAUCCGUUGAACAAUGGAGUUUUAAAAAAAUAUACAUUUUAGUGUAAAUUUCAGAUACUUCCCUAAACAAUUCAGCAUAGGCAUAAUUAACUAUAGUUUAAUAUCUGUUUACAUAUUUACAUCUUUUAACAAGCAGUGUAUGAAGUUGAUAACCUGAGCCAGUUAACAUAUGUCUUUUUCUCCUGUGGACUUCAGCCUUGUUUCUGUUUUUGUAUAUGCUUAGAGUGAGGGAAGACAACUCCUUUUCAAACUGAAGUUUUUUGGUGUUGGUCAUUUUAUUGCUUAAUUGUCAUACAUUUUAAAGCUUCAUGAUAAGAAUUUUUUCUUUAUCCCUGUUUUUAUGAUGUAUGUUUGCUCAACUAUGCAGCUUCUUUAGAAAACUGUAAAUUACUGAUUGGGGUUUAUUAAAUCAGCUUAUACCUCAUUUCAAUCUACUGCUGCUUUUUUCUCCGUGGUAUCAUUUCUCCCUUUACUAUUUUCACCUGUUCUACCAGAGAAUAGAGAGGCAUAAAGGGUCAACCCCACAGAUGAUUAGCUGUUUAAAACAACUCUAGAAGAACAGAUGGAGUAGUUUAGAAAGUUGAAACCAUUAGUUUAUCUAAAGCCUUUGAAUUCCCUGAGAAUUGUAACUGCCCUUGCUUUCUCUUAGCCAUAAUUAGCAGGAUUAAAAAUGAUUGUACUGUACAAUGAGUUGUUGAAAUUGUAAGCCUUAGUAACCAUAUUUAGCUUUACUCUAGUACUGUUUAGGAAAAAAGUAUUGACAUAUGCCUUUAUUUUUAUGCCAAUUAUUUUGUGGACAAAAUCAGAAGAAUUUAAGUGACUUCUUGCAGAUUAUGAAGAUUCAGUGGGUAAGUCAGAACUGAAGUUUUGAUAUCCUGGAUUCAUAUUCUUGUGCUCUUUGAUAAAAUUCAUGGCUUUCAAAAUAAACUCUCCCUUUAGGGCGCUUGAAAUGAAACUAUCUAUUUUUACUAAUUAGACCUUUGUUUUUUGGACAUUUUACAAUUCUUUGAACUUAAAAGAUUUUUCCAUGGUCAUAGUUUCUCAUUAAGUCAAAAACUGCUAAAAAUCACACUUUGCUGUUGAAUACUAAAAAUACAGGUUUUAUCAGAUUUCCUUUCACAUUUACAUAACCUUCAUGAUUCACUCAUAACUCUUUCUGUGUAAGUGCUUAAGUGACCCCCUCACUAGUGAAAAUAAAUGUUCUAUAUCACUGAUUAUAUGUAUAUUCUCUACAUGAUAUAUUUUUUUAAGGAAAAGUAACCCCAUGUGUCCGGAUGAACAAUAUUAUCCUAGUGCAAAGCACAUAUGAAGUGGUUUGUUUCUAUUCUGAAAAUCUGGCAUUUACAGGAACAAAACUUUUAGAGUGGCUGGUCAUUGUUUUACCUUCUUUUGGUACUUGAGCAUCUUCCUGUGGUUUUGUAAAUGUGUGUCAUUUUUUAAGAAUUUCAUGUUGAUUCUGUGUUAAUUGGUGUCCACCUUGUGGUAUCCUCAGCUGACCAUAAUAAUUUAGUUUGGAUAUGGGGUGUCUGCUUUGAAAUGCCUUACUAGAGUGUGGCAGACUCUGCUCUAAAGCAUUCCGUGUGUCUGCUAAGACAAUAAGUUGCCUCUCUUGGAUGUAUGCUCUAGAUCCAGAAGCAAAACUGGUUUUACUUUCACUGUUAAUGUUGCAUUUUAGCUCAUUGUUUUAAAUUAGAGAAUAAAAUUGUGGAGCCAAGGGAAACUUUACAACCCUUCAUUUAAUGGCAUGGCAAACUUUUAAAAUUGCUUUUACUGUUUCCCUAGAACGAUGUUUCUGGUAAAGGAUAUAGCUAAAAAAUGCCUGCCAGAACUGUAUGAAAUUGGGUUUGUUUCCUACAAUUUCCCCUAAAUGUCAUACAGGGAUUUAACAUCUGUGUAUGCUGCUGGGGCUUUGUGCCAGUCACCACUUUGGAAAUCUGUGUUCUGAGGCCACAUAAAUGGCAAAAAUGUCUUGGGAUUGAAGCCAAUCAACUGUGAACUGUGAAAUCGAAAUUGCUCUUUUGGUUUUAUUUUCUUAAGCAUAUUGAAUAGAGAAUCUUGAAAGUUAUUUAAAAUUUACACUGCUUCUGUUGAUGGCUCAUUUUGGCUGUGUAUCCUCAUUUAUGUACUGAUUUCUGAUAAAGGCUUGACGUUAUUAUAACAGUCAUUUUGUGUUCAAUUUAAUAAAAGAGUUUCCGAGUCUUGUCUGCAAA